UUUCCCCCGAGAAAAAAUGCCGUAUAUUUUCCUGGAAAAUCUCUGAUCAGAUUCAUGUUGGACGGAGAGAGAUCCAAUGGCGGGGGCGGGAGAAUUUGUUGAAGCGGAUAAUGCAGAGGCUAUAAUUGCGAGGAUCGAAACCAAAUCCCGGAAGAUUGAGAGCUUACUCAAACAGUACAAACAUGUCGAAGCUCUGAAAACGGCUCUCGAAGGCUCGCCUCCGAAAACUCUCGACGAACGCUGCAAGUCGGCUAAUUGGAUAGUUGUACACAGAGCAAUAAUGGCGAUAAAGGACAUAGAAGGAAUGCUCAAUGCUCUUGAUCGCGAGUAUUACGACAUUCUCAUGAAGUACCUGUACAGAGGCCUCUCUACUGGGGACCGUCCGACAUGUGACCAGUGUCUGCGCAUCCACGAGAAACUGACGGAGAGGGCUGGUCUCGGUUGCAUUCUGCGUUCUAUUUCCGAUACUCUGAACACUGUCUAGUUCUAUCAUUUGUAAUGCUCCAAGUGUAUUAUUCUUCACACGAUCUCUGACUGUGCCGAGAAGAUGUGAUCGUCUGAAACAACACUUGCUUUGAUUAUAAACGGAAACACACCCCUUGUCCCUUC